ACGAUCGACUGGUCCGAAACUGGAGUGGAGGGAAAACCAGAAAUUCCGAAGUACAAACAAGUGUCUUUGAGUUUGACAGUGAGGACAACACAGAGAAGUAUGAAGUUGGCCAAGUAGUUCGUAAUCCUUUCAAUCCUUUUGGAGUGACGCUGCAUCGUGUUCUAAGUUGACUAAAAGCCAGUUUGAAGUGGAACGUCGGAUCUUCCUCCAAGCUCCAUGAUUGUGCCAAUUGUACAAUUUGUAGUACAUUAUUCGAAUAAAUUAAUUGUUCGAAAUUAAUAAACUUGAUGAAGAUGAGAGGGCCUAGAGCAUGAGCUUGAGGAAUUCAGUACUGGCAAUCGGGGUUGUGGAAAGAUGGUGAAACGCGUGGUCAACUCCGUGGACGUCGUGGACGUUGAGAAGAGAAGAGUGCCUUCAAAACAUUACGUAUACGUAGUCAAUGUCAACUGGUCGGACGGAUCACGGACAGUCGUUUUCAGGCGCUACAGUCGCUUCUUUGAGCUUCAGGUGCGGAUCCUCGAGUUGUUUCCCGAGGAAGGCGGUGAGGAUGAUCCUACUCAGCGAAUGAUCCCCUUCUUGCCAGGCAAGAUCAUAUUUGGCCGCAGCCAUGUUCGCAAUGUUGCCAUGAAGCGCCUUACCGACAUUGAUGAGUACUGCAAGGCUCUUAUUCGCCUUCCACCGCACAUCUCGGAGUGCUUUGACGUACUGCAGUUCUUUCAGGUGGAGGAUGACGACUUGAAUCCUGUCAGAGAUGAGAAAGAUGCGCGGAAAAACCAAGAUGGAAAAAGCUCAACGAGCAAAUCGAAGAUGGUUGGCGAAGUCAUCUCCGAACCAAUGCUGCUUGAACAAUACGUGGCCAUUGCCGACUACAAGAAGAAGCAGAAGAACGAGGUGAAUCUGUCGGCGGGAGUAAGCGUGGAAGUUGUGGAAAAGAACGAGAAUGGCUGGUGGUUUGUCAAUGUCGAAGAGGAGCAGGGCUGGGUGCCAGCGUCCUAUCUGGAGCCAGCAGAGGGCGGAGGUCAGGCCAAGGAAGCACAGACGGUUGCAUCUAAAGGCGAUGAGGAGAAGUUUGUCACAACUCAAGAGUACAAGGCACAAGCACGGGACGAGAUCAGUUUCGAGAAGGGCGUAGUUGUCGAGGUGGUGCAGAAGAAUCUUGAAGGCUGGUGGCGCGUACGGUAUCAAGGCAAGGAAGGUAUUGUUCCUGCUGCGUAUCUGCAGUACAUGAGUGCCAGGCCUGCAGAGAAUGCACCGACUUCAGAAGUGCAGGUGGUCUCCACCGCACAUGCAGCCGUCACCGACACACUCCAGAACACCAAGCAAACACCGGGAACGGGAGGAGGAGCAGCCGCAGCUGGAUUGGCAGCCGAAAGCUUGCGGAAGCCAACAGUUCCCGACAAUCCAUUGCUCUCUCCGAGCAACCAUCGACAAUCAGGUGCUUUGCCUCCACGUCGACAGUCCAUCAAGGUCACGAAGAAAAUGCGCAGCCAGACGCGGACCAAGCAGGACACGUCCAGUGCUCUCCGUUCAGCCGCUGCGGCAGCUUCCGUGGCCGAGACCCCCGCUGGCACUCAGGCCAAGAAGAAAGCCAGCAGCAGCUCGAUUGCCAGGCAGCCAAGCAGCGAAAGCCAUGCCUUCGUUACCUGCACGUACGAGGCCGUCGGCGACUCCGAGCUGUCGGUGCACGAAGGCGACGAGGUGGAGGUCAUUGAGCGCAACGAGAGUGGAUGGUGGUUUGUGGACCUGAACGGCAAGCAAGGCUGGGUGCCUAGCUCUAGUUUCUCGAGUGCGUCAGACCUGACCAGUCCUCCGGAUACGCCUGGCCGCACCUCUCCCAAAGUGGACGACAAGGCACAUACCAGCUAUGUGACCGUCGCCGACUUCAGCGCUGCGGCGGAUGACGGCAUCAGCUUCAGUGCCGAUCGGCCCGUGAAAGUGCUGGAGAUGGCCUCCAGCGGCUGGUGGUAUGUUGUUAUCGACGGCAAGGAGGGCUGGGCACCUUCGUCAUAUCUCAAGGAAGACACCAAGUCAGAUGCUGCAGCCAAGUCCUCCUCAGCCCCUGUAUCGCCACCCAGUUCUGGCAAGAACAGCAGCAGCAGUCGCAACACAUCUCUGGCGAAGCAACCGCAGGCCAUUGACAUUAGCAAGGUGGGACUGCGUCCGACCAAGUCCACCCCCACGAUGGAGAGUGCUGCUCCUGCUGCGGCAACUUCAGCCAAGUCCAGCGGCAGUACGGAUGGUGGCGUUGGUGCCAUGCAGUCACAGCUUGCCAAGGUGUCCCUCAGGCCCACCAAGAGCACCGGCACGGCAAAGCCUACACCGGCAGCACAGGGCAGUGACAACUCCUCGACCAGCUCCAAGUCCAGAAGUUCAGUGCACAGCACUGCAGCAGCUAGCUCAGGACAUGGUUCUGUUGCGGCUGCUGCUGCAGCCUUGGCUCUUAAGCCUGUGGGCAGCAAAGCCAGUCCACUGGCUCACGAAACUGAUGGCAGUGACGAGACACGCAGCAAACCAAUCAAGUUGCCUGCAGCGAAAGAGCCGAAAGCAUCGCCCAGGCCCCUUCGGCCACCAGGAGGUAAAGUGGACAAGGCGUCAGGUAAAACUUCUCCAAAGCCAACCUUCCCACCUUCCCCGACUUCCAAGCCUAGUGCAGGUCAUAAGUCUUCAGUGAAAUCCACUGCCACUCCCAAUGCCAAGAAGGAUGAAAAGCCCAAAGCGAAACCGCAGCCCCAAACUCCAGAGAAGGUAAAGUCAACUACCGGUGGUAAUAACUACAAAGCUACAGCAGACUAUGCAGACACGGACAAGGACAACCUGAGCUUCAAGGAAGGUGACGUUCUGCAGCUGGUCGAGAAGAACGACAGCGGGUGGUGGUUGAUGAAGCUCGGUAGCUGCGAGGGAUGGGCACCAUCAACCUACUUCGACGCCAUAGCGGACGACCCACCGAAACCGAAGAAAACGGGCCCUCCGAUUCCAACACUUCCUGCGGCUCCAGGGAAUGCGAAGACUCCUGGCUCUGUUAAGACAGUGGGUGCUAGUAGCAAGUCCGAGCCAUCAUCUUCUGGUAAACGCCAAUCGGCACUGAAGCCGCCGCAGCCUGCUGGAAGAUCAGUCUCGCCCGGUGGUGGCAAGAAAAAGCCGGAGAAACCGUCUGCGCCGCCUUCUACUGGAGGUAGCGGUAGCAAGGGCGCUGGCGAUACCAAGGACUUGUACGUUGUGUCAGCUGAUUACACUGCGGAUGGGCCGGAUGAGAUCUCCUUGCGCUCCGGCGACGAUGUCACCGUGCUGGAGAUGGCCGACAGUGGCUGGUGGUGUGUGCGUUCCCGUGGCAAGGAAGGAUGGGCGCCAUCCACCUAUCUAGAAAAGAAGAAGGUAACUGUCAAAGCUAGCGGCAGCAGCCGUGGUGGCGGUACUGCAGCUCUUAAGCCAGGCCGUCCGAAACCUCCCAAGAAGGGCGGCAAUCGCGCAUCCGCCGCAUACCAUGGUGAAGAAGGAGAGGUUUCCUUCGAAGAGGGCGAUACGCUGGAAAUCGUCGAGAAGGCUGACACUGGCUGGUGGUAUGUGCGCACCUCGUCCGGGCAAGAAGGUUGGGCACCGUCCACGUUCAUAGAAUAGAGAGUGCCGUGUGGGCCUUGACUUGUUCCAAUACUGAGAAGUCAUCAACGCAAUGA